CAAGCUCGACACGCAUGCGCACCGUUGGGCAGACAUGGACGAACUGAACGUCUGCACUCCGCCCAAUGUGGAGUCAGACGCUCAAAAUUACAUUAGUAGUGGCAUCUUACCGGCUUCUGCCACAGAACCUGACAAAGUAAUAAACAUUAAAACUGAUUGUGCCCAGUUUGGAGGGAGUGUACAUGUAAGUGAUGAGGAACUCCUGAAAGGUCUCCUGACUGACCAACGCUGCCAUGUGUGUGAAGCUGUGCUGCUGUUCGAGUCUCAGCGACUGUCCCACUAUGAGGGAAAGAAACACGCCCAGAAGUUAAGGAUGUACCUGCAGAGCAAAAAAGCUGAAAUGAAUAGGACAGAGUCUACUGGACCACAGCGGAGCAUGCCGACCGAUAAGGAUCGUUUCUGUGAGCUGUGUAACAUGGUGUUUUCUUCUCCUGUGGUGGCAAAGUCACAUUACAAUGGAAAAGUUCACACCAAGAAUGUUCGUAAACAUUGUCUUCAACAGCCAGACAGGAACACAGAGGUCGGUGCUGUGCCUAGGCCUCCAGCAGACUCUGCUAACGAUGACCACGUGUCAGGAUCGGGGGACGGCACAGACCCGACAUCUGCUGCAACUGCAACCAGUUCCGACCCAAACAAGUACUGUGUCCUGUGCGCGGCCUCCUUCAACAAUCACCAAAUGGCGUUGCAACACUACAAUGGACGAAAGCAUCAGAGGAAGAAGGCCAGACAUGAGCUGCUCAAAGAGCUUGAAGAUGACGAAGCAAACCCUCUGACUUGUAGGAUGUGUAGUUUGCAGUUUAACUCCGUGGAGAUGUACCAAGCCCAUAUGCAGGGGAACAAGCACCGCAUCAGGCAGAGGAAGGUCUUUAAACUGCACAAAUCCCAACAGAACUCCUAUAGCACUUUUGCAGAUGAGCUUUCACAUUACAUUGAGGUCCAGAAAGCUCGUGGACUCACACCCAAGAUUGGCCAGGUUCUUCCCAAGGUCGAACCACCACUGGAAGGUGAUCAACAUCAAGAAGUAGAUUUACAAAUGGAGCGUAUGACACAACAAAACCAGCCCAUGGCCAGCUUCUAUGGCCGGUAUUACCCUCCUUAUCCCACCCAACCUCUUUAUCCAGGCCGUCCUUGGCCUUCCCAGGUUUGGGAUUGCAAUAGUCCUCCAUCUUUCCAGUCCUCAAAGGCCUCACCUCUAAAGAGACACAGAAAGUGCUCAGGCUCAUCAUAUACUACCUCAUCAUCUUCAUCCUCCUCGUCAUAUUGCUCUUCCUCCAGCAGUGGAUCUAGUGACAAUGACCAGAGUGAACACAGGCAAAGAGAGAGGAGGAGGGCUAGAAGAUCCAAGAGGGACAGAGGCAGACCAUCAAGAGAUGCAAAGCGGAUGCAACAAAAGGGUGCCAGUGAUUCAGAGGAGCGGAGUAGAGACGAUAACGGAGAAUCCGGGGAAGAAAGGAGAAGUAAACACAAAUAUCACAGACGACACGCACGGAGGCGACUGGAUGGAGAACAUGGAGUGAAGGAUAAUGAAGAACCAGAACCAAUAGACAUGAUGGAAAAGACACACAAGACUGAAGGAGAUGUUGAACAGUUGAAUCACAGACCGGAUGAGCAUGACAAGGCCAAAUCUAGAAAAGACAAGAAAAAGAUAAAAAAUACAAAAGAUAACAGAACGGAGGAGGAGAAAUUGUGGGAUGAUUCCAUUCUUGGCUGUUAAAAUCAGGAAGCAGUAUGAACAAUAUCAAUUAUUAAUUCAUAAUUAUCAGUGUGCUAGCGGGCUAGCCAUGUUUUGGCCACUCAUCAUAUGUAUAAGAUUCACUCUUACUCCUAUUUAAACUUAAUCUACUUGCACUUUCUUUAUUAUUCCUAAUUAUUUUAAGACAAUUGAAAUUAAUGAAAAAAAGUGUGGAGUGGCUUGUAAUGCCUUUAUGAGCCUGUGGUGGACGCUGUUGAGCCUUUUAAGUUUAUGUGCAAUACAGUCAUGGAAAAAAUGAUUAGACCACCCUUGUUUCCUCAGCUUAUUGAUCCAUUUGAAUGCCUGGUACAAUUAAAGGGACAUUUGUUUGAACAGAUAUAAUUUAAUUAAUUUUAAUUUAAGUGC